AUGGACGCAGAGGAAGUGGUCGAGUCCAUCAUCAGAGGCCUCAUGUUUGUGGCAGGCGUGGUCGGGAACAACUGGCUCGGCAUCCGCUCUCUUCCCAAAGCUCUAUCAGCUCUUCGCACCAACGAGAUCCUCUUCCUCAACCUGGCCAUCUCCAACCUCAUCACCAACUACUUCGUGGACCUGCCGGACACCAUGGCGGACUUCGCUGGCAGCUGGUUCUUGGGAGAAACUUAUUGUGGCAUCUUCAAGUUCAGUGCGGAUUUGUCUGAAACGAGCAGCAUCUUUACCACUUUCUUCAUCAGCGUCUUUUGGCAUCAGAAGCUGGUCGGGUCCCUGAAGCGCGGCGGAGGUCCAGUCCUGAUGGAUCGCCUUCGCCUGGUGCUGUGCCUUCUCGCCGGCAGCUGGUUGGUCGCCGUGGCCUUCAGCGUGCCACAUUUCUUCUUCAUCAAAGUGGAGGAAGGCAACGGCAGCGAGGCGGACUGCGUGGACUACUUCCCGAACGCCGUGGCAAGUAAAACCUACGAGAUUAUAUAUCUGAGUUUGGCAAACGCGCUCCCUCUGGCCGGGAUCGUCACCAUCAGCGCCCAGAUCGUGGUGACCCUGCUUCAAAACCACAAGCGGAUCAGAGGCCACGGCGGCGAGCUCUCGAUGAAUAAAAACGCGAAACAAAAUGGCGAGAAAGAGGGUGAGGUCGCGGGAGUCGAACAAGCAGAAAGAGGCGCUCGGAGCCAACAUCAGGGGGCGAAGGCGAGCUCCAACGUUCAGAUUCGAGCCGCUAAGAGUGUGGUCGCCGUGGCCUCAGUGUUUCUGGUCUGCUGGUUGACCCACAUGUUGUUGAGGAUCACCAACAAGAUCCACACGUCUCCAAUCGUGGUGGAAGUGGCCAGUUACAUCGCCGCCUCCUACACCUGCAUCAUCCCCUACAUUUUCCUCCACGGAGUGAAGAAGCUCACGUGUUCCUGCAAGACCUAG